AUGCAUCGAAUCCUGCUCAUUUCCUUCUGUGUGACCACUCCUUUCGCUAGGGCCAACGAUGAUCCAUUGUCGGAGAACAGCCGGGAUCCUCCUUCACUCCCCCUAUUUCUUCGACAAACCUACAAAACUAUGUCUGAAUUCGCGUUUGAUUUCGAGCGGUACCCGUAUGAUCACGAAUUCACGAAACGGAUCUUUACCGAAGGCACGCCAUCUCUGUAUGAAUUUCUCGCCAUAUUCCUGUAG